AUGAGGGAGAUCGUGCACAUCCAGGCCGGCCAGUGCGGCAACCAGAUCGGGGCCAAGUUCUGGGAAGUCAUCAGUGACGAGCAUGGUAUAGACCCCAGUGGCAACUACGUGGGGGACUCAGACCUGCAGCUGGAGCGUAUCAGUGUCUACUACAAUGAGGCCUCCUCUCACAAGUAUGUGCCUCGGGCCAUCCUGGUGGACCUGGAGCCUGGGACCAUGGACAGCGUCCGGUCUGGGGCCUUUGGGCAUCUCUUCAGGCCUGACAACUUCAUCUUUGGUCAGAGUGGGGCUGGCAACAACUGGGCCAAGGGCCACUACACGGAGGGCGCAGAGCUGGUGGACUCAGUCCUGGACGUCGUGCGGAAGGAGUGUGAGAACUGCGACUGCCUGCAGGGCUUCCAGCUGACGCACUCGCUGGGCGGUGGCACGGGCUCGGGCAUGGGCACGCUGCUUAUCAGCAAGGUGCGUGAGGAAUACCCCGACCGCAUCAUGAACACCUUCAGUGUGGUGCCCUCACCCAAGGUGUCAGACACGGUGGUGGAGCCCUACAACGCCACACUGUCCAUCCACCAGCUGGUGGAGAACACGGACGAGACCUACUGCAUUGACAACGAGGCCCUGUACGACAUCUGCUUCCGCACCCUCAAGCUGGCCACACCCACCUACGGGGACCUCAACCACCUGGUGUCGGCCACCAUGAGUGGGGUGACCACCUCCCUGCGCUUCCCGGGCCAGCUGAAUGCUGACCUGCGCAAGCUGGCCGUGAACAUGGUACCCUUCCCGCGCCUGCACUUCUUCAUGCCUGGCUUCGCGCCACUCACGGCCCGCGGCAGCCAGCAGUACCGCGCGCUCACGGUCCCCGAGCUCACCCAGCAGAUGUUUGACGCCAAGAACAUGAUGGCCGCCUGCGACCCCCGCCACGGCCGCUACCUGACUGUGGCCACUGUCUUCCGAGGCCGCAUGUCCAUGAAGGAGGUGGACGAGCAGAUGCUGGCCAUCCAGAGCAAGAACAGCAGCUACUUCGUGGAGUGGAUCCCCAACAACGUCAAGGUGGCCGUGUGCGACAUCCCGCCACGCGGCCUCAAGAUGUCCUCCACCUUCAUCGGCAACAGCACGGCCAUCCAGGAGCUGUUCAAGCGCAUCUCGGAGCAGUUCACGGCCAUGUUCCGGCGCAAGGCCUUCCUGCACUGGUACACGGGCGAGGGCAUGGAUGAGAUGGAGUUCACUGAGGCCGAGAGCAACAUGAAUGACCUGGUGUCCGAGUACCAGCAGUAUCAGGACGCCACGGCCGAGGAGGAGGGCGAGAUGUACGAAGACGAUGAGGAGGAAUCAGAGGCCCAGGGCCCCAAGUGA